AUGAUGGAAAAAUUUGGGUUCCAUAAGGUCUCGAAUAACCCUGGCCCCGGGCAACCUUCAAUCACCCAUAGUCGCCCAUUAAGAUCAAGUUCCAGCUCGCAUUCUAGUAGUCAAUCACAUAUAAAGAAGAGGCUUCAAGUUGCUAAUUGUCCAUCAAAUGCUGUGGCACUUGCAAAUGCUGUUGCAGUUCAUCCCGCUGAAUUUGAUUUACCUGAUAAAUCUACAAUUGCCCUUGAUGGCGAUUUCGUCUAUACGUUACACAAGGACGCUUCCAUGGAGCCAGGUACGAUUGGAUUGGCAGGAAAUGUCAGAACAUGGGGCAAAUGGUCUUUAGGACAAACGAUCAAAGUUGAAAGUUAUAAUAUUUUUGAAAAAUCUCAACACUCUUACCUUGGAAGCAUCGAAAUGAGCAUCGAUUUUAGGUCCAAGAGUCGGGCCGAUAGCACACCUAUCAAUCACGAAGAAUUAUGUCAAAUCUUUCUUCUGAACUAUGAAAAUCAAGUCUUGCAACCUACACAGCCUAUUGUCAUGGAUUUUAAAGGCAACAUUUUUGCCUUGCUUGUUAACGUAGUUGAAAUUCUCGAUGUUGAUAAAAACCUUCCAAUUAUAAAGAAUUCUACUGAUCUUGGCUCAAAAGGAAUUUUAGUUAAACUGACGGAGAUCAAUUUCUUCCCGUACCCAGACUCCAAAGUCAAUUUAAUCAAGAAAAACGGGUCAAAGUCUAGGAGUAGCAGACCUAGAGCCAAGAAGAAUAUUAUUAAUCCAGAUUUCAAAUUGGAAGAUUUAGGAAUUGGAGGUUUAGACGACGAAUUUCAGGAUAUCUUCAGACGUGCCUUCAACUCUAGAAUAUUACCACCGGAUAUUGCUGAGAAGUUGGAUUAUAAACAUUGCAAAGGUCUAUUACUUUAUGGGCCACCAGGUACAGGUAAGACACUUAUUGCCAGAAAUUUAAGUAAAAUGUUGAAUGGGAAGGAACCAAAAAUUGUUAAUGGUCCCGAAAUGUUAAGUAAAUAUGUUGGCGCCUCGGAAGAGAAUAUUAGAAAUUUGUUUAAGGAUGCAGAAGCAGAAUAUAAGCAAAAAGGUGACGAGUCUGAUUUACAUGUCAUUAUUUUUGAUGAAUUGGAUUCCGUUUUCAAGCAGAGAGGUCUGGCAAAGUCUGACGGGACUGGAGUUGGAGACAAUGUUGUUAAUCAGUUGUUGUCGAAGAUGGAUGGUGUGGAUCAACUAAAUAAUAUCUUGGUUAUUGGAAUGACCAAUAGAUUGGAUUUGAUCGACAGUGCUCUUUUGCGUCCAGGAAGAUUUGAAAUUCAAAUAGAAAUCUCUUUACCUGAUGAAAAGGGCAGAAAGGAUAUUCUAUUGAUUCACACUGCUAAAUUAAGAGAAAAUAAAUUAUUAGACAAAGAUGUUGAUUUUGAUGAAUUGAGUAGAUUAACAAAAAACUUCACUGGUGCUGAAUUAGAAGGUCUUUGUAACUCAGCUAAGUCCUUCGCCAUCAGUAGGCAUACAAAAAAGGGAAGUAUUGCGCAAUUUGACUUAGAUGCUAUCAACAAGAUGAAGAUCACGAGAAAUGACUUCUUGCUAGCCCUCAAUGAAGUCAAACCUGCAUUCGGAACGGACGAAGAGGAUUUAACAGGACUUGCUCCACAUGGAAUCAUUCCUUAUAAUGCUUCAGUCACGAGUAUUUUCAAUAGAGGACAAUCAUUUAUUGACGAGGUGAAGAGUAGCGAAACAGAGACAUUGAUUAGCAUUUUGCUUCAUGGUCCUAUCGGGGUGGGUAAAACUGCCGUUGCUUCAACACUCGCUCUCAACUCUGACUUUCCUUUUAUUAAGGUGCUUUCUGCAGAGUCUCUCUUGGGAAUGUCGGAACCAUCAAAGAUUCAGUAUAUUGAUAAUGUUUUCAGGGAUGUCUAUAAAUCACCUUUAAAUAUAUUGGUCAUUGACAAGAUAGAGAAUAUUAUUAAUUACGUACCAAUUGGUCCUCGCUUUAGCAACGAUAUACUUCAAAUGUUGAUGGUUUAUAUUACAAAAAGACCACCUAAAAACAGAAGACUCUUGAUAAUCGGGACAACAUCUCAAUAUUCCGUGUUAAAGCAUAUGAAUUUCGUUGAUUGUUUUACGAGCGCUAUUGGGAUACUGCCAAUGACAACAGUAGAAGAGGCUGAAAGAGUAAUGAAUAAACUAGGUUUCAUGCUGGAAACAGAAAGACACGAAAUCGUACAAGAGUUAUCUCGCUAUGAACUCAAUAUCUCAAUCAAGAAAUUCAUCCAAGUGUUGAUGAACUGCAGGUACCUUGGAAGCGAUGUGGCUGGUGUGGUCGAGAGCGUUGUUGAACAGAACACAUAA